AUGGCCGCAGCCCUUUCGAGCGGAAUGCGCGCCGCUGCUCCGCUAGUAGCGGGAGGGUCGGCACAGGCGCAGUCCGCGCAGCAGCAAAACCGCCGCCCGGAGAAGCCUUUGAAGGCGGAGGAGCGGAGAAAUGCGGAGAUGGGAAAUGGCGGAAGUAAUGGGGGGAAGAAUGGCGGGUUGAAGCGAGGCAACGGCGGCAGCAGAAAGGAAAAUGCUCGCUCUUCAAAUCAGGAUUCCCCUCCCUCCUCUCCUUCCUCGCGCUCCUCUCCCUCUUCGCCCUCCUCUCCUUCCCUCUCCUCGCUCUCCCCGUCCUCGUGGAUUCCUCUCCCCCUCUCCUUUCAAACCCCUUCCUCCUCUGUCACGUCACCAUUCCAACUCCUCACUCAGUUCAGACUCCUCUCGGGCAGCAAUAACUUUCACCAUGCUGCCCGCACUGUUCAACCGAGUGACACUGUACAUCCGGGCGGCAUCUGGGGGAGGCUGGCGCAGGGAGGCUGGUGGCCGGCAGGGGAGCAGGCAGAGGAGGUGGAGCUAUCCGGAGUGCACAAGUGGACAGGGGAGCAGUCAGAAGAAGCUGCCGAACCAGAUGCGGUGGUGUGCAGUGCAGUGCGGCUUAAACCAGUUUGCUGGUAUUCACUUUUCCGCCCGCCUCCUUAUCUCUCCACUCUCCCGCCCCUUCCCACGCAGCUGGGCCUGUGGACCACAGUAGAGCCCUGCAUUCGAGCAUCUCGGCAGCAUCUGGGGGAGGUACAUCUGAGGGUGGUGCGCCGCCUCGUGCUGCCCCUCCCAACACUCUCCUCCCCUUCCACCACACCCUCUCAACUAUCCUCCUCCUUUUCCUCCUCCUCCUCCUCCUCCUCCUCCUCCUCCUCCUCCUCCUCCUCCUCCUCCUCCUCCUCCUCCUCCUCCUCCUCCUCCUCCUCCUCCUCCUCCUCCUCUUCCUCCUCUCGUCUCGCAGCGCCGGGCCAGCUGGCACUGACAGCUGUCUCGGAUACGAGGAGCCGGGCCGUGGGAACAGCAGAGGUGCUCAUAGGGUUCCUGCACGUGGGUUUGGGGCGCACAGCUGUCUCCGACACGAGGAGCCGGGCCGUGGGAACAGCAGAGGUGCUCAUAGGGUGGGUGCUGAAUAGGUAG